AUGAAUAAUUGCAUAAACUCCAAUAGCGGUUUAGACCAUUGUUUGGAGGCCACAGCUUUGGAAGUUUCUGAAUUACUCAUAGGAUAUUCAGCCAGUUGGUCUAGAGAAACAAGACGUACCUUGCUUCCAUUACAGAGCUUUAGAUAUAUGUUACCAUCUUGUGUCCAACACUUGUGCAUACCAUGUAGGCGUCGAGCUUCUUUGAAAACUUCUCUUAUUUGA